GGCCUGUGUUGUUAGUUCAAAGGGGAACUCCCCAUUCUCUCCUCUUUCUUUAGAGUCGAAGAUGUCCAAUGAACUCGGCGGGCUUAGCAGUCAACUUCUCAACGGCUCGACCUGCACAAAACGUCCGUCUGGCUGGGAGCUUUUUGAGAAAAAUUGUUACUUCUUCUCCAUGGUGACUAAAAGCUGGGGGCAGGUGAAGCAGGCCUGCAUCGACCAAGGGUCUCGCCUGGUGAUCGUCAACACCAAUCUGGAACAGCCUCGGCCCCUUCUGGGGACUCUUUACUCCAGUGGAGCAAGAUUUCCCCAACAAUUUGGUGUCAGAAGUGGAAUAGCUUGGAACGCCAGUUGGAAAGUCUGACGACGGGGAACAGGAACGGACUACAGCGCGCAUCUGGAGGGUAAGGGAUCCAUUUAAAAUCCCCCAGUCCGCCUCCCUGUUUUCGUCACCAGUAGGACUGGCUGGCGGUAAGAGUCAUCUUUUGCUCCUACAUUUGCUUUAAGAGGCUUGAGUUAGAUUUAAAAUGAAAACACUGAGUACAGCCAAAUAGGGGUUGGAUUUUGUUGCUGACUGAUUGUUGGCGAGUCCAAGUGCAUGGUUUUGAGUGAGUCUAGUCCGGAACGGGACCACAGCCGCACCGGUGCUGUCUGUGUCACUGAACAGCUACCGAAAGCAAGGGCGGUUUCCCCCGGCACAUAAGAAGUGUGAGUGAAGCUGACAGUUUGUGUGGACUCCCACACUAUCCUUGGAGAGGGUAGUACUGCUGGGCUCCUGUACUGUCCUUGGACAGGACAGUGCUAACAUGGGUGGGAUUGUUCCCUCAAGUAUGUCUCCCACUGAGGGGAAAGGUUUCUCACAGCCUGGGACUCCCUUAUCUCAAAUGAUAAGAAUUUACAGUCAGCUAGGUAAUUGCUGGCAGGUUUGAAACUAAAGAGACUUAAGAAAUUAAUGAGCAUUUGGAAUGGCU